GAGAGAAAAAACCAACCCGUGAGAUAUAUAAAGCCUUGAUCCACGAAAUAGUGUACGUUUACAAGUCAGAAGCGCAUGGUUUUAUCAUUUGUAAUUGAAUUAAAUACAGUAUGUUAGACAUGGAAUAUAAAAAUCAGAGCGUUCAUAUAGACAGCUGUGUUGAUACUGUUGUUACUGUGAACCAAAUGGAUGAAACAUGCGUGCAAAUAAUACAGACAGGUUCCCCGUCUAUUUCUGAGAAUGAAGUCCCUCCAAGGUCGCGGAUUUCACGACUUUCUGGAUGCUGUAUUAUUGGUGUGGUAUUUUUAAUGGUUGCUGUUGGUGCUUUUGCCUUCGUUGUACACAAAAAUGGACAACACAAGAGCCGAGAUGAUUCACAAAGCAUUCAGCAACCGCUUGAGCAACACCAAUAUUUGGUGCCGAACAUCUUGAAAAACACCGAGGCACCUGCAAACAGUCCAAUAAUAUACGUGGUGGACCAUGACGCCAGCGGUUGUCCCGAACAGUUUUGUCAGCGAUGUUCCGCUAGCGUUCCUGAUCAGGAGACAACGGAUGAGAACAUUAGAGGUAGGGCCUGCAAAAACAUUUGUUUGGAAUUCCUUCGAUAUGAUUAUUUGAUUGAGAAAAUCGGACACCGAGUUCCAUGUGGCGGCCACACUGUCAUAGUGGAAUGCUGCCUGUUAAAAUCGUCGCAAAACGCAAGCUACUGUAAAAACGGUGGUAGACUCGAGUGCUUCCGAGUUCGAGAGGAACCAAGAUGCGUAUGUCCACCCGGCUGGACAGGCGACACUUGUGCCACGCCAAGAAAGACACAGGUUCAGUGUAGCUGUUACUUCAACGAGUUAAUUGGUUAUAGAGAACUCAUUGGGCAACGGUUUGUGCCGGAGUGUGCGAGUUCCGACAAACCAAGCCGAUGGAAAAUGUGUCAUAUGGACAGUGAUAAAUUUAACUGCAUCUGUAAUAAAACAGAUACAAAAACAUAUGAGGAUUCCACCACUGCUAGCUCUGAGCUACCAACUUGUAGUAGUGUUGACAACAGUCACACUCGCCGGCACCGGUCAACAGAAUCAACCGGUCAAACACUAGAUACCGGUGGUGACGUCAUAGCCUCUCUCUAUGGCAGUUCUGCAACUCACAUUUUGUCUGGACAUUUAACAACAGUACUUGUGUUUGUUUUGACGGCUUGCAUCCGAAACACAGGUUGAGAGCGUUCACUAGAGAUAUAUUGACAUUCCAAUGACAAGUAAAGUGCAAUAAAAUAUGCUCUGUUCCUGGAGAAUGGAAACGUACGGAGGCUGGAAAAUGGCUGGGUUUUCCAAAUGCCAAUAAGUGGGGAAUUAUAAGCCAUGAUGUGAUCAUGCGCCGCCAGUAGACGGUUUUUCAGAUGAAACUGUAAUAUGUCAAACGUACAUUAAUUACUGAUAUGCGACCACAAGAAUACAUACAUGUUUCAACUGAUACUGAAAGAACACUGAAAUAUUGGCAAAUAAGCAGAGUCGAAUCGUUCCUUCUUUACAUUUGUACCAUACUGUCAUACAUAAUGUAUAUAAUAUGUUGCGCUUACAAUCAGUAAGCAAUAUUAUAUUUUACAUUGUUAAUGCUUAUUGUGUGGAACCAUGUUUUUCGCUGAUUUCAGCCAAUGUAUAAUUAAGUGCUCAAUCGGGGUUUGUAGUUUUUGGACGGUGCCCGCUCAGCGUUCAUAGUAGGGGCAAUCGGCUGAAAAGUUACAAACCGAUUUACCGCCUGUCUCGGUCGAAGAAAGAGUGCGGUUUUUCUAUGCUUAAAACACCAGUAAUAUUCAAUAGCUUACAAGAACAUUGAUAAUUAUGCAAUAAACCUAUAAUUCUAAAGCACAAAGGAUAUGUUUAAAAUACAUUACUUAAGAAUGCAUGAUUUAUUUUAUCUUGAU